UCCGUCUUACUUUCGAUUUAAAAGGUGAAAUAAUCUGGAACCAUGAACUUCACACAGACCUUAAGUAUCAACAUCGUUAUUUUUUCACUUUUUUAACACUAUGCCAAGUCCUUUUCAUAUCGCAUUGUUGUAAUAUUGCAUUGUAUUGUUACUCAAAGUAUAAUGACGCGAAAUACUGGGAAAAGGAUUCAUAUCGGAAUGACCAAUCCAAGUCUUAUGUUACAUCGAAGUUGGUCCUGAUAUCCCUUUGACCUUCUAAACACGCCAUGAUUUAUUUACAUAACUGACUUUCGGAUAUUGAUUUACGGGACUGCGAGUUAGUCAUUGUAGAGAAUGUGCGAGUCAGUCAAAAUUGUCGUCCACAACUGAAAGGAGAAGUAGUACAUACCACCAAGACCAUGGACGCGACUUUCAAGGCCAAAGAUGGACACAAGACAUUCAACAUUUUGGGCAUAUUUGCCUUGGUUAUCAUUUUCGCUGUGACUACCGUCUUCAACGCACUAGCUGGAUCUUUAGGAGGAAAAAUAGCCCUGUUCAACAAUUCCGUUGGAAAUUUGUCUGAUAGAUACGAAACGUGGAUCACUCCGGCGGGAUGGACAUUUUCCAUUUGGAGUCUCAUCUAUGCUUGGUUGGCAAUUAUGUUGGCAUUUUAUAUCCUAUCUAUUUGUAUUUCUAAUUCGUUUGGAAAGCUUUAUUUGAAUCCAGAAAUUGUCUCAAGAUGCUAUGUGGUAGUGUUUGCCAUCAAUUUGCUCUGCAAUUUGGCUUGGAUCUUUAUUUGGGACAAAGAAGAACUGAUUGCGGCCUCUGCUCUGCUCUUUGCCAUUGCAAUCACCAACAUCUUUGUUCUGGCCCUCUUGGUGAGAAACAUUGCAGCCGAUGAUAACUGGUUGAAGGGAGGGAUGCCCAAAACUUACUGGACCUACAUUGUUCUCAGCGCGAAUAGCCAUGCCACUUACACGACUUGGACAAUUGUGGCCUCUUUCCUUAAUCUUUACAUUGCUUUGUUUUACGUGGGUGAGGUAGAAGAAUUGACCUGUGCUUAUAUCAGUUUGGGUAGCCUCACGGGCAUCCUCAUCAUCUGGUUUAUGUUGGAAAACUUUGUCUUUGACAAGUAUGUCCGCUAUAUCAUCACGCCUUAUCUUGUGGUGAUAUGGGCCUUCUCUGGUGUGUUGAGUGCCAAUGAUCAAGAUGAGAGCAUUCCCUAUGAAAUCAGAGCGUUUUCACGGGGAAUCUUGGGAGUAGCCAUUGGAUUAUUUCUUUUGCGACUUGGAAGUAUAUUUUACCGUCAGAAGAAGUCUCCUUUGGUCGGAGCGUUCGAAUUUGCAUAAAUCACUUGUCUGAAAGAAUGAGUGUGAAUAAAUAGCCGUUUUUAUUAAUUGGUA